CUCUCUCAGAGAAGUCGCGCUGUUGCUGAACUGAAGCUGUAAAUUCAUUCAAAGUGUUUACGCGCAUCAGGAGAUUGAAAACAGAAGAAGCAGUUGUACAAAGAUGAAUGAAACUACAGGGAAUACCGAUGAAUCCACUUUCCUGGACUCUCAGUUUCGUUAUGUGCUCAUCCCGGUUUUCUACAUCGUCUACUUCAUCCUGGGCUUCAUCUCUAACCUCUAUGUGCUGUUUGUCCUGCGCUGUCUUCGUCAGGCCAAGGCCAUGGGAGAAAUCCGCAUCUACAUGACCAACUUGACCAUUGCUGAUCUUCUGUUUGUGUGUGCUCUUCCCUUUUGGAUUGACUACUAUAUCCGUGAGGGAGACUGGGUUUAUGGAGACGUCAUGUGCCGGGUGACAGGCACCUUCUUUUUCAUCAACACCUACGGCACCAUCCUCUUCCUUGCAGCCAUCAGCAUCAACAGAUACUGGGCGGUGACUCGGCCUCUGGACGCAGCCUCGUCAGACCACAGAAUUCGUGGAAUCAUCGUCUGUGUUUUUAUCUGGGUGUUUGUUCUGGCGAUGUCUGUUCCUUAUCUGGUGAGUCCAGGGACCAACGUGCACUUUAAAAACAACACGAAGAUCCUUCGCUGCUUUGAGGGAUACCAGAAUAAAACUAAUCAUGAGAAGAAAAAAGUGGCUGUCACUCAUUUUUUAAUAAUUGGAUUGUUCUUUGGUAUCUUUUUGCUCGUUGUGAUAUGCAAUUUCCUUAUUGCCCGAGUCUUAAUUUCUCAAAGGCCUCCUGAAUCAGAAAUUCGGUCCUCAGCAGCUCUUUCUAAAAAGUCCACUGCAUCCUCGACUUUAAAAAGGCCCAGAGGCGUGAAACGGAGGGCUCUCCAGAUGUUGUGGGCAGUGGUGGGAGUGUUUGUUCUGUGUUUCCUGCCACACCACAUAGUUCAAGGCCCCUGGACUCUGGCAGUGCUGGAGAUCGAAGACGGCUUAGGCCACGUGAAGUACAUCGAGGCCACUCGUCAGUUGCUGAACGACGCUCAUCAGAUCACCCUGGUUCUUAUGGGCCUCAACUGCAUUUUGGAUCCUGUAGUUUAUUAUUUUGCCACAGGGAAGUUUAGAAGGUUCAUCACAGCCCACAUUAAAAAAUUAGCAAAAGGAGAGGGAUGCUCUCAACUGGCCACCACACAGAUUUCCUUGGAUAGCAGGAUUCCAAGUCAGAGACUCCCAAGCGAACACCAGCUGACCAGAGAUGAGUGAUUCAAACAAGUUCAAUACAUGUAUAAAAUCUGACUAUCAAACUCGUGUGACUCUCUCAUGCUGAUGGCGAAGAUUACAUACAACAAGGCGUUGAGGCACGCACAUCUGGGACAAUAAACUGUUUAACUUCAUGUGAUCUCGAACACGUCGCCUUCUGAGUUGCCCCAGAAUUUCUGCACUUCCUGUGUGAAGAACAAACCGAAAAGCAGAAGUUUUGCAAGCAGCCAAAACUUUAUGUAUCUUUACAGAACAAUAGCAUCACUCGAUGACGACACAAGACAUCUUCUCACACAAAUCCUGUGGUGUUGUUUGACACAACAUUAGGACACAAAAGCAGGAGAAAAUUACAGAAUAACAUACAUGUGUGGGUACACCUCAUCUCUACACAUCUGAUGUUAUGACAGCAACGUAUGUUGUAAUCGCACUGUCUGUCCUCUCUGAGAACAACUUUAAUUUUUUCUCGUCAGGCAAGUUAAAUCAAGUAUUGUGACACCAAGGAACAAAAGCAGUAAUGCCUGGGGUACGUUUCCUCUCUGGUGUUCAGUGUUGGGACAUUUCAUUUAUGUCUUGUAGUAGAAAUCUGAUAAUUCACUGACACAAACAAAAGUAGUGUACAUAUAUGUAUUUAAUGUGUAUCUGUGGAAAUGAAUUGUUUCUAAUGUGAGACUUUUUGUUGUCACAAAUUUUGUAUUUUCUAUUAACUUGAACCUUUUUGUUAUUAUAUAUUGUAAAAAAACAACAACAAACAAAUCUAAAAAUA